AUGGGAAUUCCGUACAGGCGUCUGGAUUCGUCUAGGCGCGAGAUUCGCCUGCUCGAAAUCCAGGCGACGCACAAUCCCAACGAUCCGGUUCAGGCCCGUCUUGUCCAUGUUCGUCUGACUGACGAUUUGGAGUUCAUCGCCCUCUCGUCGCUGUACGGCGACUCCACCGAGACAGACAAAAUCUUCGUUGGCGGCCAGCCCGUCACCCUCACCGCCCAUCUCACCCAGGCGCUCAAGAAUGUGCGCACCGUUCUCUACCCGACACUUACGCAGCGCUUUCAAUGCACAUCGCCGCGCCGGCCGCAGUCGGGCGCGCCGCGAUGGCUGAGGCAGCUGUUCGGCCUGGGCUCGUCCUCCAAGGGGGCGGACGACGCGAACUGGGCGCUGCGCAUCUGGUGCGACUUUCUGUGCGUGAACCCCCGCGACGAGUAUGAGAAGUCGCGCGUCCACGCAGACAUGAAGACGAUCUACAAGGCCGCGGCGUUGGUCGUCGGCUGGGUAGGUGAGGCGGUGGAGCACACAGACGCGGGUCUCGCGAUGGUUGCAGAAAUCGACGAAGUCAUGCCGCGUACGUGGGGAGACCCGGGCGACGCAGAGAAGAACCCUCACAACUACUCGCCACAACACGAAUGGAUCAAGAAGAUUGCCUGGAUUUGGACGCCGCCGACCGACGGCUCGGACCCGGACAAGGCGCCUCACUGGGUCGGCGCCACGGACUUUGUCCUCCGUCAGUAUUUCCAGCGCCGCUGGAUCCUCGAAGAAAUUUCCUCAGCCCGUUUCCCGACAUUUUUAGUCGGCGACAUCAUUGUCACGUGGAAGCAGAUGCUUCGCCUGAACCGUCUGAUUGACGAAUUCAGAUACAAGCCAUCCAACGUGUUCCCCCUGGAAUUGAGAGACAAGAUGGCAGAGCUGCCUUUGGAGACCACGUACAAGCUGCUUGACGAGUACGACAAGCGCAAGACGUUGGAGGAAUCCAAGAUUCUUAAGGAUUAUGCCGAGAGCAGCAGGACGACCUCCUCAUCGAGGUCCACGGAUGACGGCCCCAAAAAAUGA